AUUUUAUAGAUUGAUAUAAAUACAUGAACAUGUCACAAGAAUAAUAAUUAAUUAUCUGAGAAAUAUUUCUGAUCAACCAUUUUCAAGCUUCUUUUUGUUAAACACUCUUGCAAUCCAAACAAUUUAAGUCAAAGCCUCUUCUUGUAACCAUCGGAAAAAAGAAAGAAAAGUCCCCAAUCUCUUCUUCAAGAAAUCUUUGCAUCCUAUCUGUUUCUGUCUUUUAAGCAUCAACGAAGAAAGAACACCAUGAAUCUGGGAAGACUUUCAAUGGGAGAGAUGAUCAUGUUCUUGAUUCCUUCGUCACUCCUUUUCUACUUCUUCUUUCGUAUGAUUAAAUCUUCUAAAGAGAAACCACUUCCACCAGGUCCAUAUCCAUGGCCAAUCGUAGGCAACCUUUUCCAAAUGAGAAAGAAAGCACAUAUUCGUCUUGCGGAGAUGGCUCAAGUGCAUGGACCACUCAUGUCGCUACGCCUAGGUCAACGAAUUGUCAUUGUCGGGUCGUCAUCUGCUGCAGCUUCUGAGAUUCUCAAGACCCAUGAUCAUGUGCUUUCGGGUCGACAUGUACCAGUAUUGCUUCAAGAUAAGGAAUCAACUGUUCACAAUAUGAAUCUUGCCUUCACCUCAGAAACCGGUGAUAGUUGGAAAAAAAUCCGAAAUCUCUAUACAUCACAGAUUUUUUCAAGCAAAGCUCUGGAAUCUCGAGCGAACAUGAGACUAGAAAAAGUUAUGGAGAUGGUGAAGUACAUAGCUUCAAAAAGUGGUGAGAAUAUAAGUAUAAAGGAUGUCAUGCUUGUAACAGCCACUAACAUCAUGGGCAAUAUAUCAUUAUCCAUGGAUGUCGUAGACUUCGAAGGCAAUGGUAUUGGUGCAAGGAUUAACGACGCUUUAAGAAGAUUUUCUUCGUUGGGUGCACAACCACAGUUAGCAGACUUGUAUCCAAUAUUAUUUGGUCGAUGGGAUAUACAAAGCUGGAAGAAGAAGUUCAUGCAGAUUGUAGAACAAGAACUUGGAACUAUUUGGGAGGAUAUACUCAAGAGGAAAAAAAACGGAAGGAAUAUUUCCACAGAUAAAAAGGAUUUCACUGAUAUUUUGAUUGAAAAAGGUUGUACACAACAACAAAUUAAUGCUUUGAUGCAGGAGCUAUUUUCAGCUGGCACCGACUCUAUGGGUUCUACCACCGAGUGGUUUGUUGCAGAGCUUCUGAGAAAUCAACAAGUAAUGCAAAAGGCUAGGGAUGAAGUACUGAAAACGAUUGAUGGGAAUGUAGUCAAAGAGUCAGAUUUGGUUCGUCUUCCGUUUCUUGAAGCAUGCUUAAAGGAAACCCUAAGAUUGCAUCCUCCAGGACCACUUCUUCUGCCACAUAGAGCUACACAAACAUGUGAGGUGAUGGGAUACACGAUUCCAAAAGAUAGUCUAAUCCUGGUUAACAUGUGGGCCAUCGGUCGUGAUCCAAGUAUCUGGGAUGACCCUUUAAGCUUCAAACCCGAAAGAUUUAUGGGAUCUAAGUUGAGUUACAAAGGUAAAGACUUUGAAUAUCUGCCGUUUGGUGCCGGGAGAAGAAUGUGUCCUGGUGAAGCACUGGCUUCCAAGACAAUACUUAUAGUCGUUGCUUCUUUGAUUCUAAACUUUGACUGGUUCCUUGUCGACAACAUGAAUCCUGAAGAUAUUAACAUGGAGGAGGUUUUAGAUGUAGCAAUGCACAAAAAAGAACCAUUGCAUGUAACUCUUAAGCUCCGAGAGCAGUUCAAGACUUGUUGAGAUCAUGAAACGGGUUCAAAACUAAUUACUAGAUCUGUCUAAACUUUAUUUUAUAUCUUUUGAGUAUAUGAUGGGAAAGAUGGUUAUGGUCUUAUGGACUAUCAUCACAUCCUUAUAUAU